AUGAACGGCACUGACGCGAAGCCUGGACAAUUUCCAUUCAUGGUAUCCUUGCAGAUAAAAGACGAAAGAAUCAACUAUUGUGGGGGAGCUUUAAUCGGAGCCCGAUGGGUAUUGACAGCUGCCCAUUGUACGGGUAUGAUAGGGGAAAAGUCGGUUGUCAUUGCUGGCACCGUGAAUUGUGUCAACUUCGACGAAGGAUACCAGGAGAGCAGAAUUUUGUUUAUCUAUUUCCCCGGUGAGCUUCCUGAUCCAGAGGAUCAAAAUGACCUCGCCCUUCUUCGAACCCGGAAGAAAUUUGUUCAAACCGAAUUCAUCAAAUUCUUGCGAUACAAACAUUGUAAGGUCUCGAUAGGGAACAAGGUCCAGAUAAUGGGAUGGGGUAUCUAUAAUAAGGGAAGACCGGAGAUUUUACAGUGGGCAAAGGCCACUGUGAAUGAUUUUAAAGUGUGUGGUUCUGAAGUUGAACAAGUUAGCAAAGAGGCCUACGUUUGCGUACGUGGGAACAGGAACAUGUCCGUGCCACGGGCAGGCGACUCUGGAAGUCCUGGUAUUUAUAAUGGAAGGAUAUUUGGGGUAGCUGCGGUGGGGCUUCUUUUGCCAGAAUAUGGAAUUGUCAUUCUAAUAGUUUGUUUCGGAGGAAGUAACAUUCAAAGUUCAAGGAUCAUGAACGGCACGAAGGCAUCAUGUGGACAGUUUCCCUUCAUCGUUAGUCUACAAUCUCCUGACGAAAGGAAAAAUCAAUGCGGAGGAACACUAAUCUCAGCAAACCAUGUCCUUACAGCCAAUCACUGCCUUCUAAGCGGAAUUAAUUCCCGAAUUGUUGUAGCUGGCAUCCUCAAUUGUGUCGACUUUGACAAAGGAUAUCAAACGAGUAGAAUAAAAUCAAUUUUUACUCCCGGACCAUUUUCGAAUGAAAAAUGGAUAAAUGAUAUCGCGAUCCUACUCACAGAGGAAAAAUUCAUUAAAACAAGGUUCAUCCAAUUCCUACCGUACGAGCUAUGUCAGGUGUCAAUAGGAGACGAGGUCCUUAUUGCUGGAUGGGGAACUUCGAAUGAAGGAAAACCUAAGAUUUUACAAUGGGCAAAUGCUGAAAUAAAUGAGUAUGAAAUUUGCGGAUCUGACAAACCAAAAAUGAACAAGGAUGCAUUACUUUGCGUACGAGGAAACGUUAAAAUCUCGUCAUCCCGACAGGACGAUUCGGGAAGUCCAGGACUUUAUGAAGGGAAAAUAUUUGGAGUCGUUUCUAUGGGCAUCCCUAGUCCUGAAUAUGGAGCUUAUUACACUUUAUUAACGACAUGCAUUAAUAAAAUGUCCUACGCCUUCCAUUUCCAUGUCCAUUCCUCCUCAACAUCUCACCAAUAUUCAUCCAACAUAUAA